GUGGCGAUCACGGAAUCGAAUGAGAUGCUCAGUUAUCUUAGGAAAGCGAGAUGCGGUGACGCGAUUGCAGCUUCUUUUGCGCUCGGGAAAAUUCAAAAAGUUUACUAACCGUAUCAAUUCCGUUACAGUCUUCAAGUUCUGGUGCGCGAGUGUUGUUGGUUAAUCUUAAGUUCGCUUUCCAUUUUCCAGUCUUUCGAUUUUUUCCUUAAAAGGCCGCGUGAAUGAUCUUUGGGAUUUAAAACACAACCUGUGGAUGACCUUGCGUUGACGAAAAAUCUUUUGUGAUUAGCAUUGGUGCCAGAACGGUUUACAAAUAAUACUGAUCGUCUUCCAGUCUCAGAAUUUCCAGCACAAUCAAAACUGUCUCAGAAUAAUUCAACACGACCUACUAAUUGAUUAUGACUGCAUUCCCCACAUCAAUAACUUUAAUAUGGGCUAUUUUACUUACCACCCUGCAAACCGUUCAACCUAGGAUAAUACCGGACACAAAUGGAGGAUUUGAAUUUAUAAUUCUUCACAAUAAUGACAUGCAUGCCAGGUUUGACCAAACGGGUCGAAAUAGCGUAUCUUGCUCACCGAAAGAUAUGCAGAAAGGUCGAUGCUAUGGAGGAUUCGCGAGAACAGCGAAUGUGAUAAGACGAUAUCGUGAACAGGCUAAACAACCUGGAGGAACACCGGUUUUGUACUUGAAUGCUGGGGAUACGUACAGUGGGACAUCGUGGUUCGCAAUCUUCAAAGACAAAAUUACCUCAAUUCUUCUUAAUGCAUUGGAACCGGAUGCGAUAAGUCUUGGCAACCAUGAAUUUGACGAUGGAAUUGAAGGUUUAGUACCAUUCAUCGAGAAUGCAAGAUUUCCCAUUCUGGCAGCGAACUUAGAUCUUUCCAAAACUCCCGAAAUGGCCAACCUCCCUCGUUUGCAGAACUCGACUAUCCUAACAGUUGCAGGGAACAGAGUAGGAAUUGUCGGUUACUUGACACCUCAGACGAAAGUCUUGAAUAGAAGGAAUAAUAUCGAAUAUUUAACUGAAAUCGAAGCUAUAAACCGGGAAACGGAGAAGCUAAAGGCAGAAGGAAUAGACAUAAUCAUAGCACUGGGUCAUUCAGGAUACGAUACUGAUCAAGAAAUUGCUCGAUUUUGCCCUGAUGUUGAUAUCGUCGUUGGAGGUCAUACAAACACAUUUUUGUAUACAGGGACUCCUCCAGAUAUCGAAAAACCUCAAGGCCUGUACCCAACUGUUAUAGAACAGGACAAUGGCAAAAAGGUGCCUGUCGUACAAGCUUAUGCAUUUACGAAGUACUUGGGAUAUAUUAAGUUAAAGUUUGAUACCAAUGGUACUCUGCUAGAAUGGGAGGGUAAUCCAAUUUUACUGGACUCAUCAGUUCCACAAGAUCAAGACAUCUUGGAUAUUUUGAACAUUUACCGCCCAAAUGUAACGGCAGCCAAAACAGAAGUUUUAGGUAAAUCAAAAGUUAUCUUAGAUGCCAGUAGGCAUGCUUGCCGAAAGGAUGAAUGCAACCUUGGGAACAUGGUGGCAGACUCCAUGAUAUACGCCCGUAUCAAAGAGCUAGAACCAACUUCGUAUAAAUUUUGGACCGACGCUGCUAUUGCAUUUGUGCAAGCGGGUGCACUGCGGUCCUCAAUUGAACGCAAGCCAAACUCAACAAUUACACGGAAUGAUAUUCUUUCCGUGCUGCCAUUUGGAAACGCAUUGUAUGUUGUGAAAGUUCCAGGGCACGUUAUACGCACAACCUUAGAAUACUCAGCCACAAAGUAUGAUUUGAUGGAAUCGAAUGGAGGCUAUCUGCAGAUGGCUGGAGUUCGUGUUGUUUACGAUAUGACUAAACCACUCGGAGAGCGAGUUAUUAGUGUAGAGGCUCUUUGCGCGGAAUGCCUAAUCCCAGAAUAUCGUAAUCUAGAUGAUAGGAAAACAUACAAAAUAAUCAUUUCUUCAUUUUUAUUGAUGGGGGGAGAUGGUCAUUCAAUUGUGGAUAAAGAAAAUCCUUUGCACGAAGCUAUCGAUAUGGGUAUCACAGAUACAGAUGCUGCAGCGCAGUAUAUUAGAGCAAAAGAACCUGUAAGUCCCGCUGUAGAGGGUCGGAUUACAAUACACUGUGGAGAUAGAUGUUUUUGAAAUUUACUUAAAGCUAGAAUAGAUUAAUUAAAAAACACAUGAAAAUCUGUACAUAGAGAAAA